UGCUGCGCCGCUGCCGCGGGGGCUACUCGGAGCCAGCAGGUGCCCGCGAAUGAGCGGCGGCGAGGGCAGGCCCCGGCGCCGGAGCCAUGGAGACUAAGGGGCUGGAGGGCGCGGCCGACCUGAAGCUGGUGGCGCACCCGCGCGCCAAGAGCAAGGUGUGGAAGUACUUCGGCUUCGACACCAACGCCGAGGGCUGCAUCCUGCAGUGGAAGAAGAUCUACUGCCGCAUCUGCAUGGCGCAGAUCGCCUACUCGGGCAACACCUCCAACCUCUCCUACCACCUGGAGAAAAACCACCCCGAGGAGUUCUGCGAGCUGGUCAAGAGCAACACGGAGCAGAUGCGCGAGGCCUUCGCCAGCGCCUUCUCCAAGCUCAAGCCCGACGCCGCGGCCGCUGCGCAGCCCGGCGGCACCGCGCCCGAGGCGCUGGGGGCCGCGCCCGCCGCCAAGGCGCACGCCCACGAGGGUAAGCGGCAGCAGGAGCUCACGGCCGCCGUGCUGGGCCUCAUCUGCGACGGGCUGUACCCCGCGUCCAUCGUGGACGAGCCCACGUUCCGCGCGCUCCUGAAGACGGCCGAGCCGCGCUACGAGCUGCCCAGCCGCAAGUUCUUCUGCGCCAAGGCGCUGCCGGAGAAGUACGGCGCGGUGCGCGAGCUGGUGCUCAAGGAACUGGCCGACGCGCCCUGGUGCGGCGUCUCCACCGACCUGUGGACCAGCCCGAACCAGAACCGCGCGUACGUGACGCUGGCCGCGCACUUUCUGGGCGCGGGACCCCCGCCCGGGCUGGCGCUCGGCUCGCGCUGCCUCAAGACCUUCGAGGUGCCCGAGGAGAAGGCGGCGGAGACCAUCACGCGCGUGCUGUACGAGGCGUUCAUCGAGUGGGGCAUCGGCGCCAAGGUCUUCGGCGCCACGACGGACGGCGGCAAGGACAUCGCCAAGGCCUGCUCGCUGCUGGACAUCCCGGUGCACAUGCCGUGCCUUGGGCAGACCUUCAACGCGGGCAUCCAGCAGGCCUUUCAGCUGCCCAAGCUGGGCGCGCUGCUGGCACGCUGCCGCAAGCUGGUGGAGUACUUCCAGCAGUCCAGCGUGGCCAUGUACAUGCUGUACGAGAAGCAGAAGCAGCAGCACCUGGCGCACUGCAUGCUGCUGAGCAACCGCGUGGCCUGGUGGGGCAGCACGCUGGCCAUGCUGCGGCGCCUGCGCGAGCAGCAGUUCGCCAUCGCCGGCGUCCUGCUGGAGGACAGCAACAACCACCACCUCAUGCUGGAGGCCGCCGAGUGGGCCACCAUCGAGGGCCUGGUGGACCUGCUGCAGCCCUUCAAGGAGGUGGCGGACAUGCUGUCGGCGUCCAGGCGCCCGGCCAUCAGCAUGGUCAAGCCGCUGCUGCACAUGCUGCUGAACACCACGCUCAGCGUCAAGGAGACGGACGCCAAGGAGAUCAGCAUGGCCAAAGAGGUCAUCGCCAAGGAGCUGGCGCGCACCUACCAGGAGACCCCCGAGGUGGACAUGUUCCUCAACGUGGCCACCUUCCUGGACCCGCGCUACAAGCGGCUGCCCUUCCUGUCCGCCUUCGAGCGCCAGCAGGUGGAGGACCGCGUGGUGGAGGAGGCCAAGGGGCUGCUGGAUAAAUGCAAGGACGCCGUGGGCGCCCCAGACGGUGCCGGCGGCGGCUACCGCGCCGGGGAGGACAAGCUUUACGCGCUGGCUGACGAGCCUCCGGCCAAGAAGCUGGCGCUGCCGCCCACACCGCCGCCCAGCAGCGUGGUCAACUCCAUGCUGGCGGAGAUCUUCUGCCCCACGGGCGGCGGCGACGACCAGGAGGAGUGCCACGCGCAGGUGGUGGAGGAGCUCAGCAACUUCAAGUCGCAGAAGGUGCUGGGGCUGAACGAGGACCCGCUCAAGUGGUGGUCGGACCGCCUGGCGCUCUUCCCCGUGCUGCCCAAGGUGCUGCAGAAGUACUGGUGUGUGGCGGCCACGCGCGUGUGCCCGCAGCGCCUCUUCGGCUCCUCGGCCAAUGUGGUGAGUGCCAAGCGCAACCGCCUGGCGCCGGCGCACGUGGAUGAGCAGGUGUUCCUCUACGAGAACGCACGCUGGGGCGGCGGCCCGGGCGCCGAGGCGGAGCCGGAGGACGAAGACGAGGGCGAGUGGGGGCUGGAGCAGGCCUUCCCGCUGGGGGACGCCAUGCCCGCGGGCUUCUUUGGCGUCGGGGGCUUGGUGUAGUGCCUGCCAGGGUGGGCGCAGGGCACCGCAGGGUGCCCGGGGCGCCACGGAGGCUUUGCUGGUAAUGCCAGGCGGAAAGGCCGCGCCAAGCCAGGGUACGGGAGGACAUGGACAUGCGGAAAGGCAUCUGCUUUGCGCGCGCACGCAAGCGCCACCGCCUUUUUCGGGGAGCUGCCACCUGCAUCCUUUUCUUCUCGGCGGAGGGAUAAGAAGCAUCUGGAAAGACAGAGUCCGUGCAAGGCGAACACCGGACAGUCGGACAGAAGCAGAGCUGGGAGGGCGGGCGCGCCCCACAGCAGUAGCGACUCCGCGGUGCCAUCUGCGUCCUCCCGCGACGCUUUGGGGUGAUCCUAGAAGAAUCCACGCCGCGGAGGCCGAUGUCCACUGACCGCUCGGCUUGUGCCCUCACCAGACUUGCUGCGUUGUCACUCCGGGGGGCCCAGCCGAGUGCCAGGGGGAGAGUGGCGCGCGCCGAGGGCGCAGGCACUUGCAGGAGCGCAGCCAGCGGCGGGGUCUGUUUUCAUCCCCACGAGGGACCCCCCCCAGCUUGCUCUCUGAGCCCCUAAACCCAUUUUCCAGGGCUGGGACCUAGUGCCUGCCUGGAAACCCGGCCCCCGCGUGCGCCCAGGCUCAAGGAGCGGCUGUGAGUUUGGUGCCGGGGAGGAGGCGCCUUUGGGGAUUUCGAGGCUGACGUGAGACCAGGACUACGGGGCGCGUUCUCUUGGGGCUCAGCGGCGGUUGUCGGGGCGCUUUGAGGGGAGACAGGAAGACAGUUUCCAACAUUAAAUUCUUGAUCUAGAUUUUUUUUUUCAUCAGAGGCUUUUCUUGGGGGGCUGGGCCGGCGGCUUCAGCCCUGCCCGGGCGCACAGGGCACCGCCGCGGGGACCUCCCCCUGGCUCGAGGCGGCCCCGCUGGGGCCUGUCCAGAGGGCGCCACCCACACCGACAUCUGGGGCGCAGCUUUGGGGAGGAAGCUUCUCGGCCCUCACGGCUGGGGACUUGGGGACACUUUCAUCUUCUCACGGACCUUGUGUGUUUGGGGGGCUGCGGGGUGGCCAAGGGCAGCCCUGGUGGCUUGUAUUUGAAGGCACGAGACUCCCUGGCCACUAGGGCCCCCCCAGGGCAGCCUGAAGGACCCCAGCUCCUGCUUUUUCCCCUGCUGAGGCCGAGCACCCCCAGGAGCACCCCGGCUGCCUCUUGUCUGCGCUUGGCCUUGCAUUUUCCUUUGGGGAUCCCUGGCCCCCAGGGGUGCCUUGUGUGUCUCUUACUGACUCUGUGGAUAUGGAUCCCCCCACGAUAAAGCCCACGGGCUGCCCGUCCAGUGUCCAUGGGGGUGGUGCAGCCCAAGGAACACUUAGGAGUGGGGCUUCAGAGACGCCCCCAACCACGGGUGCGCCCCACACCCUGCGCCUUAUGCUCGGACCUUGCAGGAGUGCACACGGGGUGGCCCGGGGCCUUUAGCAGCUCAGGGAGGCCUCAUGAGCACAGGGAUGGAGACUUUUCCUGGGGUGAUGGCUCACCCCACUCCCAACGGGCCCUCCCUCCCUCCUGCACCCCUGUGGGCCCCUCUGGGGCUGGUGGAGCCACCGAGGUCACAUCCUGCAGGUGAGCGGGAGACCCCGGUUUCACCCCAUGUGCGGAGAAUCCACAGUGAGCACAGGAAUUAGGGGUCCCCCACCUGGGUGAGGAGGGGUGGGGCUUCCUGG